UUGAGCCCAUCUUCCAAAAUUGGUAAUUCGCAUUUUGCGAAGGGCUAUCUGAGGCCAAGGUCGGUAUUCUGAUCAACAACUGAGGUCAGAACAAUGUUAGGGUUGGAAUCAAGCUCGGCCAAUUUACAGGCAUAUCCCGGCACUUCUGUCAGGAACAGUCUUCUGGCUCCACAGGAUCCCGGAUGGACGCCCAUGCCCUUCCUAUUCUGAACCACACUGUAACCGUCUCUAGACUUGAUCGAGACCAAUUCGUUUCGAGAUCUGACGGAUGUAUUGUCACUCCUAUUCACUGGUCCAUCUUCGUGCCAACGCCGGGGGUAAUUGGCGAGUUGCUCUGGCAAAUGUGCAGACUACGGGCCCGUAGAGUCCUCUCAAAUGGUACAUCCCCUGUCUUUACACAUCGCCCCGGACCAGGACCCCUACUCUGUCAUCAUCCUUGCCAUAUGGUAACCUCUGCGAAAGUCCCAGAGCCGCGCAAGCCUUCCCAUGAUCAUCCUAUCGUCGCAUGUCACAGAUUCGCACCAAGCAGGAUAAGCUCAGAAACAUCCCGGAUUUCUACCCCCGUCCUCCCGCAGUAUUGUUUCCUUAACCUUCUCCUGCUUCUUCCUUUUCAUUUCAGUGUCUUGGUAUUUCCAGAUACCAAACUUCAUUGGCACCUUAAUAUAGGACGCGCCAUCGAAGCAGCCGCCAGGUGCAGGCAUAGUCACAGGUAUGAUCUACAUCGAAUGAUCCUCGGUUUCCCAACGCUUGGCAAUCCCCAUAACAACUAUUCCCUGCCCUUUCUUUCUGGCCCUGUGCAUGAGACACCUGCUUCCUUCCCUUCUGUCAUCAACUUUCGUCUUUUUCCUCGCGACUCCAGAUCAGUGGUAUUUCUCAAUAGCUGACAGGCGCGGCUUCUUCGCUUCGUUGUGAUUGCAGGCUUCAGUAAUCUUACAUUCUUUCGCAUAAUUUUUUAAGUAAACAUUAUUUCUCGACAACUGGUGUAUAGAUGGACACGCAAUUCAGCAGGCUCUGAAAAUAUUGAAGACGCUACGACAUUCACGA